AUGACCUCGUCUCCCUCAAGUCACUCGGAAGGCGAAAUCUUUACAUCAGACUCAGAGAAGGCAUCUCAAACUUUGCCUUCCCAAAAUGGCACCAGCGUUGACCGUCGUACCAGAACAAAUGUUGCUCCUGUGAGGAAUCCGCGAUCUCGAUCCCGCUCCCCCUAUCGCGCGUUGAGAGGUGAAAAGCGUCGUCGAAAUGAUGGUUAUACAAAUACUUCUGAGGUGUCACAUUCGCGACCACACAAAGUGAGGCGUGAAAAUGACAGAUACCUCUCCGACCGAAGUCAUGGACGGCGGCCAUAUAUCGAAUCUAAUUCGGCUUCCAAUUCCCGUCAUCAUCGUGCUUUCGACUACAAAGCUGACGAUGGUCGCUCCUACCAACGUCCAAGAACAAGCUCGCGCAGUCGCAGUCGUUCUCCGUUCCGACAUUCGCAGCUAGACGAAAAACCUAUUCGUGCCGCAACUUUUAACCGCAGCAAGGUUGGCGAAUCUGACGGGGAAGUUCAAGCAAGCAGAAAUGAGAGUAGAUCUAGAGAUGAACAGUCAGUGAGCGGACGGAGCAAGCCCUCUGGCGUGGUUCCUGCGUCAAAGUCAAAUGCUAAAAUAUCCGAGAAUCAGUCUUCACAGGUUGAGUCGAAAGAUCCUAUCCAUGUAUCUGCAGAUAAUGCCAAAGCUCUUGCCUUAACAGAGCCCGAAUCCGAAUCUGUCGGAGCACACGGUGUGGUCGAUGAGACAGCGCUGAUUGAGGAACGACGCAAACGUCGAGAAGCGCUAAAGGCGAAAUAUCGUAAUCAAGAAACACCUUUACUAGUUCAGGCACUUCAUCUUGGAACAGAUGCCAUAUCAUCCGGUUCUAGCUCGGUGCGAACAUUACAGGCUGCAGAACAGUCAAGCCAGCCUGAGACUCUUGACCAGAAUGAACAUUCAUCUCAUCUAAAAUGUGGUGAUUCAACUUCUCCUCAGACACCAAAAGAGUCUUUGGUUUCACCAGAGGAGAUAGAUUUUGAGCACGGUGAAGGUCUAGCUAACUCAUAUUCUUGUUCGGUAGCUGGCGACGAAGAGGAACCAUCUGCGGCGGAUUAUGAUCCUACUGUGGACAUGCAAGAAGAGCGAGCUCGGCACGACAAGCGUCUAUUCAAUGAGAACAUCACCAUCCCUGAUAAUACAGAGAGAAGAAUUCUGGAGCAGCACGAAUCUGGACCAGAGCACUCUCACCCCACAGCUUCCCAAGGCCAAGCUGAUGAACCAGAAAAACGGAAAGACCCUUUUGACAUGUUUGCGGAUGAUGAUGACGAGGAUGACAUGUUUGGCGAGGCAUCAUUAAAGCCAGAAAAGCCAGUUGGUGCUACGGACGCUAAGACUGGUCAAGCUCUUGAUGUCAGAAUGAUGGACAACUGGGACGACGCCGAGGGUUACUACAUGACUAUACCCGGGGAAUUAUUCGAAUCAAGGUAUCAUGUCCUACAGAAUCUCGGCCGCGGCAUGUUCUCUUCUGUGGUUCGAGCUACUGACACCAAGACCAACAAACUUGUGGCCAUCAAGAUUGUGCGCAACAAUGAUACAAUGCGGAAGGCUGGUAUCAAAGAGAUUGAGAUCCUGAAGGAUCUUGCAGCAAGCGAUCCUGAGGAUAGAAAGCACAUCAUUAGGCUCGAGAGAAGUUUUGAGCACAAAGGUCAUCUUUGCAUGGUUUUCGAGAACCUGUCGCUCAAUUUGCGGGAGGUACUGAAGAAAUUCGGCCGAGACGUGGGUAUCAACCUCAAGGCGAUCAGGGCGUACGCUCAACAGCUCUUCCUUGGGCUCUCCCUUCUCCGAAAGUGUCAAUAUCUUCAUGCUGACCUCAAGCCGGACAAUAUUCUUGUCAAUGACGCUCGCAACAUUCUCAAGAUCUGUGAUUUGGGCUCCGCCAGCUCAAUCGAAGAGAAUAUAACAGCGCCAUAUUUGGUGUCGCGUUUCUAUCGAGCCCCAGAGAUCAUUCUAGGAAUUCCUUACGACUAUGGCAUCGAUGUGUGGUCUGUGGGUUGCACUUUAUUCGAGCUUUUUACUGGCAAAAUUCUGUUCACUGGUCGCAACAACAAUGCUAUGCUCCGUUCCAUUAUGGAGUGUCGUGGCAAGUUUCCGAACAAAGUCCUCCGGAAGGGCAAUCUUACGUAUCAAUAUUUUGAUGAUUUGCUAAACUUUCAGUCCAUCGAGGAGGACAAAUUGACUGGAAGAAUAGUGACGAAAAUUAUUGACGUCAAAGCCAAGCCCGUCAGAGGUUUGAAAGAGAGGUUGACACCAAAGGGGAAACGGAUUGACGAGCAUGAAAGGAAGGAGGUCGAGCUCUUCGCUGAUCUGCUUGAGAAGUGCCUGGACCUGAGGGGUGACAAGAGGAUUACAGCACUCGAAGCAUUGCGACAUCCAUUCGUAACACGGGCGAAGGUUUGA